AUGGCAGCGGCGAAAGUUAUCUCCAUUCUGCAGUAUUACGUCCGCCAGGGCUACGCCCGCCACGUGCAGAUGUUGUGUCGGGAGGUGCUGAAGACCAGCCCCAACAACCACCUGCUGCAAUUCUGGAGGGUGUACGGGAAGAUAAUGGAGGGCAGCUUCUCUGAGGCAAUGCAAGACCUUCAGUCUAUACAACCUUCCCAUGACACAGCCCCUGCCAUCGCUGCUGCAAGAAUUAUGGUCCACAAAGCGGCAAGGCUGGUGGACCACGAGGCGGUUGGAGACUUGACAGUUGAAUUGGAGGGUUUGGAGAACUCCUGCUCAGAAAGCGCCAGUAUCCUGCUUGCCAGCUUCUAUUGCAACACGGGGGCCAAAGAGCGAGCGAGGGCAAUUGGCGAGCGGGUGCUUCGGACCACAGGGGACAGGACAGAAGCCGAAGUGCUGCUCGGAUGGACAAUUGUCACGCAGCAGAACGAGGACUAUGGACUAGAUACUGGCGAUGAGCUGGACGAUGCGCGAGCAUAUUUUGAAUCAGCUGUGGAAACGGACCCCAACAAUCUGGAGGCAGCUAUGGGAAGGGCGAAGAUCGCAGAAAUGCAGAAGCAGUACGAUGUAGCAAUUGAGAGGCUGCAAGAGGUAAGCCAUGCACUUCAUUGCUUGGGUGGGCAGACCGCAGCAGGCAAUUGA